UGCAUGAUUUUUUUUUUCUCAUAGCCCAAAUCCGAUUUCUAAAAGCCAGACCGACUCGACGUAUAAAGGAUUUUGAAGGAAAGGUGCGAAAGACGGAUAGAAAACCAGACGGGUGUCCUGCGCACUAACUGCAUCCUCCCUCUCCAUCUCUGUCUCAUCUCUCCUCCUUCUCUGCCUCUGCGCUUUUACAAGACUCCCGGCUUCCCAUCCUCAAUCUCCCCACUGACUGAUCACUUUAUUGCAAAGCGGUGAGCGGCCCCUUCUUCUUCUUUUGUCGGAGUUUGAACCACAUUUCUGAGGUGCUGGAAGUAUACCGCCAGAGCCCCUGAGAGCUGGCCGGACUCUGUAGCUUUCGUCUUCCCGAUACGAGCGGAUCAUCGAGGGGACCUUGCGCGGAGUCAAAGGGACUGGAAAUUAUUUAGCCCUCUCACAUCAACGUACCGCAUGGUGGGAAUUUCUGCCUCUUUUCAGUAUCGCACUGGGAAGCGCUCCACCAUGCCCGACUCACCUGCGGACGUCAAGACACAGUCCAGGUUGACCCCCCCUACCAUGCCACCCCCACCCAGCACACAAGGAGCACCUCGUAACAGCUCCUACACCCCCACCACAUUAACCAAUGGCAGCAGCCACUCUCCUACAGCGCUCAACGGUGCUCCGUCUCCUCCAAACGGCUACAGCAACGGUCCCAGCUCCUCCUCCUCCUCCUCGCUGGCCAACCAGCAGCUGCCGCCGGCCUGCGGUGCCCGGCAGCUCAGUAAGCUCAAGCGCUUCCUCACAACUCUACAGCAGUUUGGAAACGACAUCUCACCUGAGAUCGGCGAGCGGGUCCGCACAUUAGUGCUGGGACUAGUGAAUUCCACGUUAACCAUCGAAGAAUUUCACUCCAAGCUCCAAGAAGCCACCAACUUCCCUCUGCGACCUUUUGUCAUCCCCUUCCUGAAGGCCAACCUGCCACUGCUUCAGAGGGAGCUGCUGCACUGUGCCAGGCUGGCCAAGCAGAACCCAGCUCAGUACCUGGCCCAGCAUGAGCAGCUGCUCCUGGACACCAGCACCACCUCCCCAGUGGACUCCUCUGAACUCCUGCUGGACGUUAACGAGAACGGCAAGAGAAGGACGCCAGACAGAACCAAAGAGAACGGCUUCGAGCGAGAUGGUGCCCUGCACCCGGAUGUUCACCCUAGCAAGCGGCCCUGCACCAUAAGCCCCGCCCAGCGCUUCAGCCCAUCCAACGGGCUCUCCUACCAACCCAACGGCCUGCCCCACCCCGGCCCGAUCCCUCCGCAGCACUACAGGCUGGAUGACAUGGCUAUCGCCCAUCACUACCGUGACACCUACAGACACCCUGCCUCCAAUCAUCGGGAGAUCCGGGAGAGACCCAGGCCUAUUGGUCUGCAUACAGGGACCAGGCAGGAGGAAGUGAUCGACCACAGGCUGACAGACAGAGAGUGGGCAGAGGAGUGGAAGCACCUUGACCAUCUGCUGAAUUGUAUCAUGGACAUGGUGGAGAAGACGAGGCGUUCACUGACAGUACUGCGGCGAUGCCAGGAGGCAGACCGCGAGGAGCUCAACUACUGGAUCCGACGAUACAGCGACGCCGAAGAGUUGAAGAAAGGUGCCGCUAGUGGGCAGUCAAGGCAGCAGAGCCCGGCAGCACAGGAAAAUGCAACACCAGAAAUUCACAGGGAGCUGCUGCACCGGCCCGUCUCUGGCUACGUCCCUGAAGAGAUCUGGAAGAAAGCUGAAGAGGCUGUGAAUGAGGUGAAGCGACAGGCCGUGUCAGAGCUGCAGAAGGCCGUGUCAGAGGCUGAGCGUAAGGCUCACGAGAUGAUCAGCAGCGAGCGAGCCAAGAUGGAGCGUACGGUUGCCGAGGCCAAGCGGCAGGCGGCCGAGGACGCACUCUCCAUAAUUAACCAACAGGAGGACUCCAGUGAGAGCUGCUGGAACUGUGGCCGCAAAGCCAGUGAGACGUGCAGCGGCUGCAACACGGCGCGCUACUGCGGCUCCUUCUGCCAGCAUAAGGACUGGGAGAAGCACCACCAUGUCUGCGGCCAGACCCUCCAGGCCCAGCAGCAGCAGCAGGCCAGCCAGCAGCAGGGCGGCGUUCCAGGGUCAGAAACCCCUGCUCCCAUCAGCUCCUCUGCCUGCACCCCGAGCAGCGGAACUGGGAGUCCGGCUGCAACCCCGCCUGCUGCUACCCCACGCUCCUCCACCCCCAGCACCCCGUCCUCCUCUGCCCUGGAUGGCACACCGCGCUAAGACACUCCCACAGAGGAUGGAGGCAAAGGCCCCCGGGGCUUAAACACCCAGCCCUCAACCCCAUAAACAGCAUGACUGUCUACAUUGCCUUGCAAAGAUACUAAGCUAACGUGGCUAACAGGAAGAGACGGCAAUGCUUCUGUCUAUCUUGCAGCGUAGUCAUAGAAGGAGGAGCAGGAGGUCCAUAAUCAGGUCAUAUUGACUUGCCAUGACUUUAAAGAAACACAAAGAUAUUCUUUGUUUUGAAUGAAUGAAUUUAAAUAUUGACAUCCUUUUAUCGUUACACUUGCUAUUCUUGUUGUCCGUUUGUUGUCGUGCCUGUUGUUGUUAAUGUUGUUGUCAUUGUAGCUUAUCUUAUUUUUCCCUGUAAAUAUUAAGAGACUGGGCAGAGAUAGCCGUGAACUCGAGAAAAGUAUAUCUGACCUCCCCUUUUUUUUAAAUGUUUUUAUUUUCCAUCCUUGAAUUAAUGCUUAUUUGCUUCCUGUAUCUGGGACAUGAGACUAGUCAACCUCAUUUUACCAAACAGCAUACCAAGGGAACACAACUAGCUAGCAGAUCGAGUGACGUCAUCGAUACUCUUUGUAGAGAAAGAUAUUAAAUAGCCUGUACGACAAACCGACGGAUGGAUGGAUAAACACAUUUGCUGCCUGGAGAGUGGAGAGGGUUGGACUGAAUCUCUGGCCCACAGACAGCCAUGAAAUGGGCAGAUGUGCAGCAGAUUGCAAGCAGAGCCAGCUGUUCAACCAAUGUUAUUUCCCUCUCACUUGUAAUAAUAUCCAGGUCAGUGGGCUGGGAAAUACAAAUCCGUCUCCCUGAAGGAUGUAAAAGGAAGAAUUCUCGGACAAGAUAAAAAAAACUUUGCCCACUGCACAUGUGGAGGAUGUACUGAGAACUUUAUAUAAGUGAAGUCACCGUCCCACCGGCGAGACUGUCAAAUUGCCACGACAACGGCCGCCGGGCCGCUCAGAGCUGGAAACCUACAAUGUGGAGAACUCAGUAGGAAGCUAAUUCCGCGCCCCAGACGCUCCCCUCCUGUCUCAACUCUGAAAACAUUCUCAUCUUUCUUCAUGUUCUUUUUUCUGUAGAUGUCAUGGUGUUAAAGACUUCUGUCCUGUGGUGUCACCAAUGGUUAUUUAUUGUAUAUGUGUUGGACAAUUGUGACAAUGCAUAGUACUCCAACCAGUCACAACUCUUAAGUCCUUCAUAACUCUCUCUCUCUUUCUCUCUCUCUUUCUCACACAAAAGAGAUAAAAAAAGAAGUGUUAUCUUUUUUCCAAGCUGCUUUUCUAUUCUGUGUGUAAGUGGUAGAUCCCUUGUAGUUCUAUGAGUUUUACUUCCCUUCGUCCUCAAGAAAAGACACAAGCUAUAUCUCAGAGCUGCUACUCGAGUCCGACCCAGAUCUUUUCUGAGAACUAGCAUGUUGCGCGGAAUGCUAACCUAAAUGUUUUGUACAAGGGACAUACAUAAAUGUAUUUGCACUGUCACAGAGGUUAUUUCGGCAUGCUUCUUUUCAGCAUACUUGUGUUGUCGGUAUAGAGCCAUAAUUCAUCAACCAUUUUGUAUGUAGUGAUAGCAUCAUCUGUUUUCACAUUGUUUGGGAUGGGGGGGGAGGGGAGGGGGGGUUGGAAAAAUGUAAAAUCACUUUGUUUUUUCUUCUCGACAUGAUAACAAAAGCGGCCAUAUCUUUUUUCUUUUUUUUUAAUAGUUACAGACAGUGCAUGCACAUUACUGAACGUUUGUUAAAUAUUUGUUAUUUUUUAGAAAAACUGAAAAACAACCAAAAAAAGUAAAAAAAGUUACAAAAAAUAUUCUAACAAACUAACUUUCCAAAUGCAGAGGUGUAGACUCCGAUUGACAGCUUUAACACUGCAAAGCACCAGGUAACACACAGUAUUAACACAAGAGAUAAAACAAAAAAAAACACCAAAAACAGCCAAAGACUGACACCAAGGACCAAAAUCCUGAUUUAAACGAUUUUCAAAAGAGGUUUGUUCACACAUAUAUUUGGUUAUUUAUUUCUGCUUCACAUAUUCAUGGAACAAAACCAUCAUAAGAGUCAUUUAUUUUAAAUAUUUCUGGAAACCCACGGCACUCAUCUUACAUUGUGAAAUGAGAAGGUGUGAAGUAAACAUAAUGAACAUAAUUUUCACAGCAGUGUUACAUUUCAACUGGAGCAAUAAUAACUAAUGAACACUGAUGACUUCUGUGACCAUUUUUGAAGAAAAACUUUGAGAUAUUUUUGGAUCUUGUAUAUACAUUUUCUCAUUACACAAGCGUCAGAUUAAGUGCCCAUUUCAGCUUUAAGCAGUUAAGUUCUUUAAAGAGGUGAAUGUGAGACUGGGCUUUCACACCAAUGCAUUUGCUGUUGUUUUCUAUUUAUUAAUAUCAAAGUAUGUCUUUUUUUUCUUCUUUUUUUUUUGUUGUUGGGAUAAAUCAUCAGUUUCAGCUUUGUUGUAAACCUUCAAUGUAAAAAUCAAACAAACCUCUCAUUCGCAGUAAGAGAGUUCUUAUCCUGACGCACACAAAGGCUCUUCACCCCAAACACCUUGGUGCUACACAGAAGCGCGUUACAAAUUCUGACCUCAAGGAACAAGUGGAGGCCCACAAAGGUUCUGGGCUGUUUGCUCCCUCUGUACUUCCUCAUCUCUCCCUUCUUGUCGAAACAAAAUACACACCUGCAUUCUUGACUCUAAAGGGUUAAACAAUCCAAAAAGGUGUCUGACACCCUACUAGCGACUCCUCAGAAGCUGUGAAGAAGCAGCCAAGCUGUUUUAACACUAGUGUAUUUGAAAGUAUACAACAAUGUGUGUUCAUUACUAUCAGGGCAAAACCUGGGUUUAAAAAAAAAGGGGAAAAAACGAAGACAAACAUUAUCACUCAAUGAUUCUUUGAGAAGCUCUAUUUUUUCUUUCUUCCCUCCUCUAUGUGUGUUUUGCUACAAAUUCCUCGGUGGCAAACAAGUCUCACUCUACCUCUUACAGCACGAUAAGAGCAUCAGUCGCGGCGCUGAUACUGGUCUAGUCUAAACCAAAUGGGCACAAGAGAACAGGAAAAUAAAAAACCCAAAGUCGAAGCUCAUACAGCUGCAAAACCAUAUCACUACUUGGUAACAAUGCAGACCUCAUAAAUGAAACAUAAAUGAAUAGAAAUGAGAAAAAAAAGUGAAAAAAAAAAAACUUUUGUUAUGUUCCUUUAUGCCUGUGGCGUUUUUAGAGUACAUCAAGAGUUUGAAUUGUUUGAACAGAUUUAAAAAAAAAUUGUGCUAAUUUUAAAGAAAAGUGUUGUCGAUUCUUGAUGACACAAGCUGGGGUCACAGAAAUGUUGUUUCUCUCUCGCUCUUUUUUCUCUCCUGUUUCCCCUUCACCUUUUUCUCCUCUUCUCUUCUCUGUUGUGAAGACAUGCUAAAGCGCUUGUCGACUUGUCAGCGGGGGUAAACUCAAAAGAGGGGAUAUACAAAAGGCAAAAGCUUGUAAAAAACUAAAAUAAAAAUAAGGCUAUGAAUUUAGGCAUGCCUGUUUUUCACAAUAGGUAUGGAAAUGUUAUUUAAAUUUCCUACCUAUCAAGAAACAUUGGGGAAAUGUGUGGGGCCAACAGUGAACAGCGAAGGCCGUAGCAUUAAUCUGGGGGGUGAGUUGAACUUCAGGGGUGGGAGGGCUUCUUUUUUUUUUUUUCUUGCGUUCUCUUGAGAAAAUUUAUUGUGAAAAAAAAGAGCUCAAAUGAUUUGAAGUUGUUGUGCAAUACUUAAUUGAGACAUGAAAACCACAGGUUAGUGGUAGGCUGACACUGGGCGGUCUCUCCAUCGCCUAGAGUCAGUGUCCUCUAGAGAGCUUUCCAGUCUACUAUGUCAGAACUGUGGUUUCUUGUUGAUUUUUUUUCUUUUUUUUUUCUUUUUUUUAAAUUCUUUUUGGGCUGUAAACUAUGGUCUGUCAGUCUGUGAAACUUUGCAGUAUAAUUCUGGUAUUGUUGUUCUCUUAACGGUGUAAUAAAUAUGUUAAUACCUGC